GGCCGGCGGGGUUGAUGGGAGUUUGCAGGCAAACGACCUGUGCGGAGUCCCAGGUUCCCCCAUCUCCGCCUUUGCGGGUGGGCUGGGGGCUCCCGCUUUGUGCGCUAGUUCCUUGACGUGGCAGGCAAGCCAGCCUUUGCUGCCCUUUUGCUCCGCGGGCACCGCAGGAUGUGUGUCUACUGAUGGUUUGUUUUUAUGAAUGGGGCCUCGCGCUCUCGGGGGAAGGAGCGCCCAUUCAUGCCUUUCCGCCUCGAUCCAGGCGGCGUUAGGACCCGCGCGGCGGGCGGCGAGGAGGAGGAGGAGGCGGCGGAGGCUGCUUGGCCGGGUCGGGCGAGGCGGCUCCUUCCGAGGUGAUCCUGAUCCGGCUCUUCGCUCGCUGCAGGCCCGGCAGCAGGAGAAGGAGGAGGAAGGAGGAGAAGGAGGAAGAGGAGAGGAGAUGCCGAGCAAGAAGAAGAAGUACAAUGCGCGCUUUCCUCCGGCUCGAAUCAAGAAGAUAAUGCAGACUGACGAGGAGAUUGGCAAGGUGGCGGCGGCUGUUCCUGUGAUUAUCUCUCGGGCGCUGGAGCUCUUUCUAGAAUCGCUACUGAAGAAGGCCUGUCACGUGACGCAGUCCAGGAACGCCAAGACCAUGACCACAUCGCACUUGAAACAAUGCAUAGAGCUGGAGCAACAGUUUGACUUCCUGAAGGACCUUGUUGCCUCCGUGCCAGAUAUGCAAGGAGACGCGGAGGAUAACCUCAUGGAGGGGGAGAAAGUUUCCAGGAGGGGCCGGAAACCUGGCACUGGGCGAAAGAACGGCGGCCCAGGCAAAGGACGGGAUCCGAAGCAGUCGGGCACAGACUCGGAGCAAGAGGACGACUCUGAAGACAGCGAGAGCAACGGGGAUGAGGAAGUGUCCCACAUUGCCCCUCCUCCUGUGCGACCUGCCACACAUCUCUCCACUGCUCCAACACCGUAUCUACAUUUCACUUCCCCGCCGGUUCCCGCAAUACCUCUGCCUGUCACUGCACCAAUGGGGACGGUGCCAGUUGCGCCCCCACCUGCACCGCUUGCGCCAGCCCAGGAAGACGAGGAGGAUUAUGACUCCUAGCCCUAGUUCUGGUUUUUUGCUGUUGCCACUUUGGGGAGGGGUGGGGGGGGAGGGGAGGGACAGAACAGGGUUUGAACGGGGCUGUUCUUAAAUUUAUUAAAAAACAUGAAACUGUG